AUGCUCCCAUGGCUUGCCGUCUGUCGACGUGCUGCCCUCAGACCUGUCUUUGACUCGCCCUAUGCCCUGAAGUCGGCCUUCGUCAAUGUCGCUCGCUCACGGAGAACAUACGCGACCGCGGCACCCCCGCUGGAGAACAUACGGAACAUUGCUAUCAUUGCACACGUCGAUCACGGAAAGACCACUCUUGUAGACCAGCUCCUCCGCUGCGGAACAACAUGGGAGCAAGCGGAUGCGGGGACGGACCGGGUCAUGGAUUCAAACACUCUGGAGCGCGAGCGUGGCAUUACUAUCCUUUCCAAGACGACUUCAAUCACCUACGUUACCGAGAAGACGAAGUCCCCCAUCCUCGUCAACAUCGUCGACACGCCCGGACAUGCGGAUUUCGGUGGGGAAGUCGAGCGGAUCAUGAGCAUGGUGGAUGGUGUCGUACUGCUGGUGGACGCGACGGAGGGACCCAUGACACAGACCCGAUUCGUGCUGGACAAGGCUAUCAAGCGUGGGAUCAAGGUCGCGGUCGUGCUGAACAAGGCUGACCGCCCGUCAUCUCGCCCCGACCAAGUAGAAGCGGACCUCUUCGACCUCUUUGCUACCCUGGAAGCCUCCGACGAGCAGAUCGAGUACCCAGUCCUGUACUCCUCUGCCAAGGAGGGCUGGGUCACUAGCUCGUUCCCCGUCGAGGAGAAGAAGCCCAUGUCCCACCUACUGGAAACCGUCAUCGACUACCUCCCCGCACCAACCCACCUCGACCGCUCAGGACCCUUCUCCAUGCUCAUCGUCCAGAUUGAGGCGGACUCGUACGUCGGCAACAUGUUCCUUGGGCGCGUUCAGUCUGGUACGGUCAGCGUUGGCGACACGCUUUGGGCUCUGGACAGCGAGACUGGGCAGAAGGUCGGCGAAGGCAAGGUCAAGAAGCUCAUGACGAGCAUGGGUGGAAUGCAGAAGGUUGAGCGCGACUCGGCCGCUGCGGGCGAGAUUGUCAGCAUCGCCGGUAUCAAGGGCGGCGCGGUCAAUGUCACGCUGGUGCACCCCGAAGGUUGGGGAGCGGAAGGUCCCAAGGCUAUCGAGACGACACCUAUCGAUCCACCGACCAUCUCUACGAUCAUCUACCCCAACGACGGUCCCCUCGCUGGUCAAGACGGCUCCAAGCUCACGUCGCAAGUCAUCAAGGAGCGAAUUUACAAGGAGGCUGAGACCAACGUCGCGCUCAAGGUCCUUCCUGGUCCCACCUCCGAGGCAAUCGAGCUUCGCGGACGUGGUGUUCUCCACCUCGGUAUCCUCUUCGAGACCCUCCGCCGCGAAGGCUUCGAGUUCCUUAUCGGCCCGCCCAAGCCCGUCCUCCUCCCCGACCCCGACAACAAGGGCGGCUGGCUCGAGCCCGUCGAGCGCUGCGAGGUCGUCAUGCGCGAGGAAGCCUCCGGCACCGUCAUCCAGCAGCUCACCAUGCGCAAGGGCGAGAUGGUCUCCUACCACUCCGGCGGGGAGGCAGGCUUGUCCGACGGCUGGGUCAAGGUCGUCAUCGACAUCCCCGCGCGCGGCCUCAUCGGUUACAUGGCCGGCGAGUUUAAGAACGACGUCCGCGGCGAGGGCACGCUCAACCACACCUUCCUCAAGUACGCGCCGCACUUCGGGCCGUUCGGCACCUCGCGCAACGGCUCGCUCAUCUCGAUGGCGGCGGGCGAGUCGAGCGGGUAUGCGAUGCAGCCGCUGCAGGCGCGCGGCAUCCUCUUUAUCCACCCGCAGACCGCGGUCUACCCCGGCAUGGUUAUUGGGGAAUGCAACCGCGCAGGCAGCGACCUCUACCUGAACCCCUGCAUCAAGAAGCAGCUCACGAACAUCCGCGCGGCAGGCGCCGACGAGAAGAUCGUUUUGAGCGCGCCGCGCGUUAUGGGCUUGGAGGAGCUCGUCGCAUAUAUGAACGAGGACGAGAUGGUCGAGGCAACACCGAGCACUGUCCGCUUGCGCAAGCGGAUCCUCGACCCGAAGACGCGCGAACGGAUGAAGAACCAGAAGGGCGCCUUCUAG